AGAAGAUAGAGGGAGUAUCUACUCCAUUUAAACUGGGUUUUUGUAAUCUCUAUAACAUACUGUAAAUUAGAAUUGGCAUUUAAAAUUUAUAAAUAGUACGGCCGCGGCUUGAUGAUUUUGGAUAUUGAUAGACCAACGCCGCAUUCACGACUACUACUUAUCAUCACUUCUCACUCGAUCUGAUCAUCAUUCAUUUCUUACUGCCAUGGAAGAGGAGGAGGCGCCGCUGCUACUCGGCCGCGAAUGCCCUGCGCGGGAGGUUUUCGUGGACGAGCUGAAGAAGGUGAGCUACAUAGCGCUGCCAAUGGUGGUGGUCACCGUCUCUCAGAUUCUGCCUCGCGUCGUCUCCAUGAUGAUGGUCGGCCACCUCGGCGAGCUCGCCCUCUCCGCCGUCGCCGUCGCCACCUCCCUCGCCAACGUCACCGGCCUCAGCCCCCUGUUUGGGAUGGCUAGUGCACUCGAAACCUUAUGCGGGCAGGCCUUUGGAGCAGGGCAUUAUGAGAAGCUAGGACUUUACACCAAUGCUUCAAUUGUAUGUCUUCUUCUAGUCUGUUUACCACUCUCUCUUUUGUGGAUCUUUAUGGAAAAACUGCUGAUAUUUAUCGGUCAAGAUCCUUCGAUUUCUCAUGAAGCCGGCCAUUACGCUAUAUGGCUUAUCCCCGCGUUAUUUGGUUAUGCUAUUCUCCAAGCACUGAUACGAUACCUGCAAACACAAAGUUUGAUCGUUCCAAUGGUUUGGAGCUCUAUCGCAGCGCUUUUUUUCCAUGUACCUGUUUGCUGGGUUUUAGUGUUCAAGGCUAACCUAGGCACUGCAGGGGCAGCGUUAGCGAUCGGCUUAUGUUAUUGGUUCAAUGUGAUUUUACUUCUUUUGUAUGUCAACUACUCUUCGACUUGCAAGAGAACCCGUGCACCAUUUGAUAAAAGCAUCUUAUCGGGUAUGAGGGAGUUUUCGCGCUUUGCUGUCCCUUCCGCUGUCAUGGUCUGCCUUGAAUGGUGGUCUUGUGAAAUAUUGGUAUUGCUCUCUGGUCUUUUGCCUAAUCCGCAACUUGAGACUUCAGUUCUUUCGUUAUGCCUCAUGAUUGCUUCGUUGCACUACUUCAUCCCGUAUUCCGUUGGUGCUGCUGCAAGCACGAGAGUUUCAAAUGAACUUGGGGCAGGGCGCCCAGAGAGGGCUCGAGCUUCAGUUUAUGCUGCAGGCUUUCUUUCGACAGCUGAGGCGAUACUUGCUUGCACAUUCCUCCUCAGCCUGAGUAAUAUUGUGGGGUACGCAUUCAGUAACGAGAAAGAAGUUGUCGAUUAUCUCAGAGAGCUUGUUCCAUUCAUUUGCCUCUUACUUGCAAUGGACUGUAUCCAAGCAGUGCUUUCAGGAGUGGCAAGAGGUUGUGGAUGGCAGCAUCUGGGCGCUUACGUGAAUCUUGGAGCGUAUUAUCUGGUCGGACUACCAGCAGCGGUUACUUUGGGUUUCGUGUUUCAUUGGCGGGGAAAGGGUCUAUGGCUCGGGCUGAACAUGGGAUCGAUAGUGCAAUCAACGUUGUUAUGCUUGGUGACAUGUUCAACCAACUGGAGGAAACAGGCAUCAAUGGCUCGACAACGAAUUUUUGAGGGCACAACGGCUCCGGGACAUGAAAAGGUUUUAGUAUGAAAGUCUUCAUUACUAUUUGCUAUGUCCACCAAACUUGGACAUUGUUACACCUCCAAAGUAAAUGGAGUAAGAUAUAUGGAAGUAUAUUUUUAGGCAUUGGGGGUUCAGGUUUCUAUAAAAAGGGUUUCUAGAUUGGUUAUCAGUUUCCAUUAGUUUUUACUAAAAGAUCGAUUAUAAUUUCUGUACUGAUAUUCAAUUUUUUAAAUAUUUUUAUGUUACUCUUCAAUUGUGCA